AUGACUUCUUCACUCUUCAAAAAAAUCUCAGCAGCCAACGCCCCUGCGCUUACCGUAUCACUAGCACAUGACACCAGACGGAUCGUGGGCGUUCGACGCAGAGAUAAGGCAACCGCUUGUAUAAAAGUCGUCUACGCCUAUGGAAAGCAGCUCAACAUGAAAUCUGCAAUUUUCCUCUUCGUUGCCUUCAUCGUAGCUGUGGCAAUUGCCAAGCCUAAUCCGAGAAUUCAUUCCGAUUCCAGUAGCGAAGAAGGUCCCAAACACAAGCCCCACCACAACCACCAUGGACAUCAUCAUCGACGCAGUUCUCCCAAACCUCCCACAACUGUGGUAAGCCCCACCGCACCAGAAAAAUCUGAUGGAACUACGCCGUUUGCUGAUCUCACCACAACAACUGAUGAAAUCGUGGUGACCGACGUUUCGACGGAUGUGGUCACCUCCGAGCAAGUUACGGCUUCUGACGACAGCUCUGUGGCAACGUUGGAACCCAUGGAUAAUAGAGCAUUCGCCGUCCAUUCCGAACAAGGGUCACGUGUCAACGAUGACAAGCAUCACCGAAGACACCACAGACAUCAUCACCGCCACAGUUCUCCGCAACCUCGCACGACCGCAGCGAGCUCGUCUAGUACGGAAGCUCCAGAAGGAACCACACAGGUCGCUGACGACACCUCUCCAGUUACUGAAAUCGUAGUAACCGAUGCCGUUACAGAAGAAGUUACUGCUGAACAACCUGUAGCUCCUUCUGGAAUUUCUGACGUAACAGUCGAAGUACUCGUUGUGAGGAGUAAUUAA